AGCGCCCGCCCGCCUGCUGCCCCCCGCGACAGCAUGGCCGGGCCGGGCCGGAGCGGGUCGCGCAGCCCCAAGGGUUCGAGAAGAGACGCCGCGCACUCCUUACACGGUCCCGCAGCACUAAGCUCAGAAGACCCGGCCCGGCCCGGCCCGGCAGAACCCGUGGCCAAUGGGCGGCCGCCUUCUUAGCGGCCCUGCCAAUGGUGCCACGCGGUAUUGCAGCAAGAUGGCGGCGCCCAGGUACGGUGCCGGGAGAAGGAGGGUAGCGGCGGAGCGGUGAGCCCGAGGCGGCGGUGAGCGGGGCCGCGAUGCUGCGCGCUUCCCUCCGAGAGGUGUCGGCAGCGUUGCGGGAAGGAGGUGUCAGCCCGACGGAGCUCUGCCAGAGGUGCCUUUCCCUCAUCAAAAGCACCAAGUUCCUGAACGCUUACAUCACCGUAGCGGAAGAAACCGCUCUGAAGCAGGCUGAAGAGUCGGAGAAAAGAUACAGAAGCGGUCAGCCACUGGGUGUUUUAGAUGGAAUUCCUGUUGCAGUAAAAGACAACUUUAAUACAGCUGGAAUUGAGACAACAUGUGCAUCAAACAUGCUAAAAGGUUAUAUUUCUCCUUACAAUGCUACAGUAGUUCAGAAAUUACUGGAUCAGGGAGCUGUGCUUUUAGGAAAAACAAACCUAGAUGAAUUCGCAAUGGGAUCUGGGAGUACGGAUGGGGUAUUUGGACCGGUCAGAAAUCCCUGGAGUUACUCAAGACAGUACAAGGAAAAAUCUGUCUCAAAAUCCCAUUCUGAGGAUGAAGAGUCUAAUUGGGUAAUAACAGGAGGGAGCUCAGGAGGCAGUGCAGCUGCUGUAUCAUCUUUCACGUGUUUUGCAGCCUUAGGGUCAGACACAGGAGGAUCUACCAGAAACCCUGCUGCUCACUGUGGUGUAGUAGGUUUAAAGCCAACAUAUGGACUGAUCUCUCGACAUGGUCUCAUUCCUCUAGUGAACUCCAUGGAUGUGCCAGGAAUCCUAACCAGAUGUGUGGAUGAUGCAGCAGUUGUGCUAGGCUUACUUGCUGGACAUGAUCCUAAAGACUCUACCACAAUUCAGGAUGACUUCAAGCCAUUUGAACUACCCAAUCUGCCUGAUGUCAGCAAGCUCUCGAUAGGAAUUCCAAAGGAGUAUCAUGCACCAGCGCUUUCUAGUGAAAUUCUGGCUCUCUGGUCAAAGGCUGCUGACCUCUUUAAGAAUGCAGGUGCUAAAGUUACUGAAGUGAGUCUACCACACACUUGUUACUCAAUUGUCUGCUAUCAUGUGCUAUGCACAGCAGAAGUGGCAUCAAAUAUGGCUCGUUUUGAUGGACUGGAAUAUGGACACCGUUCUGACAUGAACAAGUCCACAGAAAGCAUGUAUGCUGCAACUCGACGAGAAGGCUUUAAUGAUGUUGUAAGAGGAAGAAUUCUAUCAGGAAACUAUUUCUUGUUGAAACAGAACUAUGAGAAUUACUUUAUCAAGGCACAGAAAGUCAGACGUCUCAUUGCCAAUGACUUUUUGAAGGUUUUCAGGAGCGGAAUUGAUAUUUUACUGACUCCUACCACUCUGAGUGAUCCAGUGCCUUAUAGAGAAUUCAUCAAAGAAGACAACAGAACCCGCAGUGCUCAAGAUGACAUCCUGACCCAGGCUGUAAACCUGGCUGGACUGCCAGCCAUAAAUGUUCCUGCAGCUCUUUCAGAGAGAGGCUUGCCAAUUGGCCUUCAGUUCAUUGGACGUUCAUUCCAGGAGAAGCAGCUUCUCACUGUAGCCAAGUGGUUUGAAAAACAAGUAAAAUUCCCAAUAAUCCAGUUAGAAGAAGUGCAGAGGCAUGUCCAGGAUGUCUUCCAGCAUCAGAAAUCUGCUUCUUUUUCAUAACAUGGGACUUGUUAGUCAGCUAAAGCAAGAAGACUAUGGGGAUGGUUUAAAAAUGUACUCCUGCAGUUAAUUCUCUUUCGCAGAAGUAGUACGUUUUAAGAAGACCAUAUACAGUAAUACAGGGUGGAAUCAUAGCAGCUUGUUACUAUGUAAUUAAGACCAAGUGAAUCAUUAAGUAAAUAUGUCUGUUAUUAAGAACCAUUUCUAACUGAUAUUAAAAGCACCAGCUUGAAAUUAUAUAUCUUAUGCCUGUGGAACUGCUUUUUUCCAUCCCCAGAGGCUGUAUAAGGCAUCAGGCCCAUUAAAGAACUAACCUGAAAAUUGCUGUGAAAAUUGCAUUGUUGCCAAAGGGUUGAUUUCCUUUUGGGGCAUAGACUUUUGUAAUGGAACAACCAGACAAGCUCUAAUGGAGCAAAGAUAUCAAGGAUCUGUUUGUUCUCUAACAGGUAAAUACAAGACAAUAAGAUAUAGAUAGUUAAUUUUAAAUAAAUCAAUCAAUCAGUCCCUUCUAACAAACUCACGCAAGAGGUGAAACAACUUCCAGGUUCACAAAUCAGGCAGAUUACUCUUGUUACAUUCAUAGUAAAAACAAUGAAUCACAGAUUUCUUUUGGAGAGAGAUGCCUUUCUUCUUUCAUCACUGUUCUUUAUUAUCAGCAUUUAAAAUUAAUACUUACUAAGAAAGAAAUCUUCUUCAGUGGAGCUCUCCCUGUAAGAGUAAUACCACCUCUUCCUUCAUUCAUCACAAUAGUAAUUUGAAACAAAUUUUGAAACUAUAAUGUUGGUAGACUGGAAGGCCUUCUAAACAGCUAAUAAACUGUUUAGUAGUUUGUUGUAGUGAAUGCUGUAGUUUCCAUUUUUCAAAAGCUGAAGAAGUGUGAAGGAUAAGUAGGUAGAUCUGCUUUCAGUCACAGUUUGCAGCUUGAACAGAGGUACAAGGUAUAGAGUGAGGAAAACUCAACCAAGAUUUAGUCCAGUGCAAUAACAGAAUCUUCUUGAUUCCUCCUUAUCUUGUUUUAGACCUGUGUACAAAAUUGACCUUAUUUCUAAAAAUUGCAAAUUAAUUGGUGUUUCUGGUCCCACUCAGCUGUUUUGCAUCUUCGGGGACAGUAAAUGUUAUGUUCUUUAUGCCCU